GAAAGUGUUGGUAAUUUCGUUGCAUAUUAGCUUCCAGUUUUCUCUUUACUCUCAACAGUUCCAUCGGUUUUCGCGUCAGCGACAUGGAUCGAGCCCAGCUCCUCCUCGUAGGAUUACCACUCUUCCUCUUCGUCACCGAUCUCUUCAACCUAUUUACUCCUCCGCCGCCGAAACCGCCCUCCCACCACCAUCAUACCCACCGACCCAAACCUCCACUCAAUCCCGAAACCCUAGAUAUCCCUUUACAGAAACCCAGCACCAUUGGUGGAAUCGGCUAUGGAAGCACGGUUAAUAUCAAUUUCUGCGCUUCGUGCUCUUACAGGGGAACUGCCGUGGCAAUGAAGAAGAUGUUAGAUACUCAGUUUCCUGGAAUUGAUGUAAUCCUUGAUAACUAUCCACCUCCUUUGCCAAAGCGGUUGCUUUCCAAAGUGGUUCCAGUUUUCCAGUUUGGAGUUAUAGGGAUUAUAAUGGCGGGUGAACAGAUAUUUCCUAUGAUUGGGAUUACGACACCACCGCCAUGGUAUUAUUCCUUGCGUGCAAAUAAGUUUGGGUCCAUGGCAACCGCUUGGCUUCUGGGCAAUGUAAUGCAAUCUUUUCUGCAAAGCUCUGGUGCUUUUGAGGUUUACUGCAAUGGUGAAUUGGUUUUCUCUAAGUUGAAGGAGGGAAGGUUUCCGGGAGAGAUCGAGUUAAAAGAUCUUGUUGGCAAAACAUUGGCUAAUUCAAGAGUGACUGACAACCUUGGAGUAGUGUGGUCUUAGCUCAGUGGCUGGACUGUAACUGUUUUAUUGAAAGCACUCAACCUUAACAGUACAAGGUUUGAGUUUCUCUAUGGUUUUUACUUAGAUUGCUGAUUGCUCUAUUGGAAACAUAUAAAGACAUCGGCUCAGGUUUUAUGUCACUCGUGUAUUUGAACUUUUUGUUGCAGUUUAUGGAAGCCACGUUAGUCUAAAAGAUAUUAUCGGCUGAGAAUCUCA